AUGGGUAUUAAGGGCUUAAAUGCUAUCAUAUCAGAACACGUACCAUCCGCAGUACGCAAAAGUGAUAUCAAAGCUUUCUUUGGUAGAAAAGUUGCCAUUGAUGCAUCGAUGUCACUGUACCAAUUUUUAAUUGCUGUUAGACAACAAGACGGUGCACAGCUAUCAACCGAAUCUGGUGAAACGACAUCUCAUCUUAUGGGGAUGUUUUAUAGAACUCUAAGAAUGAUUGAUAAUGGUAUUAAGCCAUGUUACGUGUUUGAUGGUAAGCCGCCCAUACUUAAAUCCUUUGAAUUAAAGAAAAGAUCUGAUAAAAGAGUAGAUACUGAAAAAAAAUUAGAAGAAGCAGUGGAUCAAGCUGAAAAACUAAAACAAGAAAGACGUUUGGUUAAAGUUUCACCUGAACAUAAUGAUGAAGCUAAAUACCUUUUGAAAUUAAUGGGAAUUCCGUAUAUUGUUGCACCUUGUGAAGCUGAAGCUCAAUGUGCACAAUUGGCAAAGGAUGGAAAAGUUUAUGCUGCAGCAAGUGAAGAUAUGGAUACUUUAUGUUAUAAGACACCUUAUCUCUUGAGACAUUUAACAUUUUCGGAGGCUAAAAAGGAGCCAAUUCACGAAAUUGAUACUGAAUUAGUCCUACAAGGCUUGGAAUUGACUCAAGAACAAUUUGUAGACUUAGGUAUCAUGCUUGGAUGUGAUUACUGCGAAAGUAUUAGAGGUAUUGGUCCAGUUACUGCAUUGAAAUUGAUUAAAGAACAUGGUUCAUUAGAAAAAAUUGUUGAAUUUAUCGAAUCAGGCCAGGCUAAUAACAAAUGGAAAGUACCUGAAGAUUGGCCGUAUAACGAGGCCCGUCAGUUGUUCUUAAAUCCUGAUGUAGUAAACUCCCAAGAUAUCAAUUUGAAAUGGAAUCCACCUGAUGAAGAGAAAUUAAUAGAAUUUCUAUGCCAUGAAAAGAAAUUUAAUGAAGAAAGAGUAAAGUCUGGUAUUAAAAGAUUGCAAAAGGGUUUGAAAUCAGGAGUUCAAGUUAGACUUGACGGAUUCUUCCAAAAAGUACCAAAGACAAAGGAACAAUUAGCUGCCGCAACCGCUAAGGCAAAGGCAGCAAAGAAAACAAAGGGUAAAACUGGUAAAGUCUCUAAAAGAUAA